CAGUGUUAUAAAAUUCAUUUCAACAAUAUUCAUAAUUGAUUAAAUUUGCAAACAAUGGUGGUUUUUGGUAAUAUUUAGACGGUAAAAUUUCAGUUUGCCACACGGAGAUUACUUACAUUCAACAAAUGAAGGAUAUCAACGUGACCAUCGGAUACCACACUGAUUAUAAUAACCAAACAUCGUCAUCAUUUUGGCAUGGUGAUUGGAAUAAUGUUCCCCUUGAAUUGCUUAUUCUGAUCUUAGUUUCGGCCACCAUAACCGUUUUAUUAUUGAUGCUGGCUUUAUAUUGCCUGUUUGGUUGUAUUUGGCGGAAAUAUUUUCGCCGAAAAGUGUCACGCAAUCCAAUGACAUCGAUAGGAUCCUUUUCGUUCAACGAAUCAUUUAGUCAGAGCCGAAGUCUUGGAUCGACAGGCAAAAAACGUACGAUAACAAUACCAACGACUACUGCAACAGCAACCAACUGGGUGGACGUUGAAAUUAUGCUGAAAAUGCCAAACGAUGCAAUGCGUCAAUUAAAACGGGAACAAACUCCUAUCAUGCGUAUGAUACAAUUUACUCGUGCAAAUCGUAGACAAUUAAUCAAUCUUGGAUAUUCAGAUACCGAAUUAGAAUCGAUUGGCUACUAUAGAACUGAUAUACUCAACAAGAUUAAUAAACAAUUAACGAAUUGGCAUGAGACAGUGACCAAUAAUUCACAGCAAGUCAAACCUAUUAUUCAUUGCAAUAAUCAAAGUCAACGAAACAUAACAUUUACAUCAUCCGAAUUUGAUAGUGAACAUUCGAUGAAGGAAAAAAAACUUAAAAUAUUUUCAAACAAAUUCAAAUAA